AUGACGGCGUCGGCGAUCGCGCAGGGGGACCUCCGAGCUGCUGUGAUGGUGAAGGACAAGGUGCUCGAAGACCGCGAAAAGCUCAUCAAGGAGCUGCGGCUGAGGGAGGGAGACGCCCUGGCUGAGGCUCAGGCAUGGCGUGACCGCCUGGACGCGCAGCAGGCCGAGUCCGACCAGCGGCUGGACGCUGCGAGGGAGGAGGUGUCGGAGCUUGAGGCGCAGGCGAGCCGCUCGAUUUUUGUUGACCGCGGUCUGUCCGUUGUGGCGCUGUCUGGCGUGGAGGACCAGCUGAGAGAGGUGUGCAAGGAGCUGCGAAGGUACCGCAAGCGCCACGAAUCCGAGGAUGACGGUAAAGGCGGCGGAGGCGGCGACGACGACCGGCAGGGAGAGUUGACCGCCGUUGGGGCGGUGACGGCCGCGGCGAAGGCGGUCGAGGAGGAGCUGAGGGCACAGCUCGAGGCUAAGGACCAAGCUCUGAGGCGAGUUGCACCCUUGUUGUCGUACGUGGAGAAUGAGCUGCUGGGCAUGAAAUCUAUGUUCGAAAGAAAGGAGGCGUGCUUGCGCCAGGAGCUGAGCGAGGAGCGGGACAAACUAGCGGGCGAGGUGGGCGUGCUGAGGCAGCGGCUGGAGCAAGCUGAAGCAGGGAGAGCUGCAGCAGAGGAAUCCGCCCGUCAACACGCGUCAACUUCGGAUGCCCUCCGCUCCAGCUUGCGAAAUGGGGACCGUCGAUCGAAAGAGUUGGAAGAGACGCUGCGAGCUCUCCUUCUCAAACACACAUCCCACAUGGCCGCAGCAGAGGCAACUUCGAAGAAAUUAUCCAAGAUGGCUGCCAUUUUCCAGCAGCUACAAGGAGAUCAAGACGGCAGGAGGGAAGUAGCAUCGAUGGAACAGGUAGCCCCGGCACACGGCCAGGCGUCACCCCUCGUUCCUCGUUGAUAUCAAGCACAACAGAGCGCAGCCAGCACAGCAGCAGCGCGGCAGACAGCAGAGUGUGACAUUGAAGCGGGGGACCCGCAAAGCGCAACAAGUUCAUACCCCUUGCAGGAUAUGCUGCAGGCCGCACGAAAAAAAAAAAAACGGAUUUUAUGCCGUCCCGAUGGGCCUGCGUGUGCUCUCUGGCCGAUCGCCAUAGCGAAGCGAAGAGACCCCGAGCAGCACUCAGACAGACGCGACAGCCUUCAGGUGCUCCUAGCUAGCGUUCCUGACCCCUGGUUCGGGUCAAAAAAGUCUACGGAUAACUAAUUUUUAUUCCGGGCCUCCACCUGCAUCUAAGACUCAGGGACACGUGGUCGAGCGACACUCCAUGCCGUGCACGGGCCUUCUUUAGGCCGAGCUACGAGCGUGGUGGGCGGGCGGGCCUGGUAGAUCGCUGCACCAGGGGGCAUUGUGACAUGGACACCGGCUCUGGCAUCCGUGCCGCACAGAGGACCCAGAGUCACGGACUGCGGGUCACCCUGGAAUGAAGAUCGACGUUGGGGAGGGAACUCGAGGGACUCCCGGAGCACCAGCAGAGGAUCACCAAAUCCACGCCUGCGGCACGGGUGGUGUUGAAAGAUCCGACGCCUCCGCCCUCUUGUUGUCAAAUCGGCGGGCGGUGCCGCAGCAGCAGCACCACCGUUC